CUUCUCCAUUAUUGUUACGCAGAGGUGAAGACUGAAGCCUGGAUCCACAGGGAAGAUUGUGAUAUCUGCAUUUUACUAAAAGGAAAGACAGCUUGGUCAGUGGAGAUGUUGGUGCUGCUGGUGGUAUUGGCUUUGGUGCCCACUUGGAGUGAGGGACUCUUGCUGAACAAGUGUGAGCUGAAGUCUAAGCUUGAGGCAGCUAUGUCCAAGCUGCUAGAAGAGAAGUCUGGGGACAAUAUCGCUAAAGUGGUCUGUACAGUUGAACAAACUUCUGGGUUCAACACCAGUCUUGUAACCAUCACUGACCAGUUCAACCCCAGAUCUCCUGAAGAGUUCUCCUCUGGAAUAGGAGAAUUGCCUCUAAAAUCUAAGGACACAAAUAUUGUGAGUAAUGUGGCCAUGACUGAAAAGCCUUUGAUUCCUCAACGGGGUGAAGACAAUCCCAUUUCUGGACAGGCCAAGGUCCAGCCUGAAAAAGGGGUAGUCCAUGUUGAUGGGCAAGCCAGGAAGCAGAGGGAGGCUCCAUCUAAGGAUGAAAGGGAUGGGUCUUGGAAGUCAAUAGAAAGCUCUGGAAAAGGAUCAAAACCAGACAGAAAUGGGUUGGAUGAAAUAGUUGUACCUCAGAUUUUCCCAGAUCCCACAGAUAUAUAUGGUGAUACCUAUGAAAUGCUAUUUGGUCCCAGUAUUGUCCCAUCUGACAGAACUGGAGAGCCAGAAGAUAUACAUUAUGAUACUUAUGAAAUGAUAUUUGGUGCCAGACCCAAAGCCAUGAAUCCCUUGGACAGAAAUCUGGACACCACAGAACCGCUUGGAUCGAAACAGAGCUCUGAAGAUCAGACUACACUCUAUGGAAUCUUCCAGCUGAGCGAUAUGGUGUGUAAUUCAGAAUCAAGCCAUGGUCUUGCGAAUCUCUGUGGACUGGACUGUAGCGCUCUGAUUGAUGAUGACAUCUCCGAUGACAUUGCUUGCCUGAUGAGUAUGCAUGAGAAAUGGUGGAUGAUGUUCACACAGGAGUGUGAGUCUGAGGAGCCCUCGCACUACUUUGCCGAGUGUGGCUGAAAUGCAUUCACACACACACUUUUCAGUAGUAAAAAUGAAUGCUACUUUGGUAAAAAUCCAGGAUUUCAGUCCUGGAUAUUAAAUAGUUCCUUCUCUCUGGGUGUUUAACCAUAUAUAUUGUUUCUUCAGGACAGAAAAUGUGGCAGCUUAUUUUGAUUGGGUGUGUUGAUUAAUGGGUGUUGAUUAAGUAUCCGUCAUUAUAUGUAUCUAAAAUAAAUCCUAAAAUGUCACACAGUUAAGCAGCAAAGAAAGUUCACAGUGCUUUCUGUCUAUUAUACAGGAUCUAUAGCGCUAAGAUCGAAAGAAUCUAUGGGUUAUACUGACAAUUAUUGAGAUAUUUUCCAAUAUAUUAUGGUUUAUAUAUAGAGAGACGUAACCUGAUAUCAUGAUAUAUGUCAGCUGCUCUCCAGAAGAAUCCAGUAGAUAACUCUCUCUUUUCAUCUAUUCAUUCAGCGUCCAAAUAAUUCCCUUUCACUGUAACUACAGCCGUCAUUUUGGUGAUUAACCAAUUUUUGCUGAGGUCCGUCCCUUCAUACAGGAUCUACACCAUUUAUAUGACAACCACAGGAUCUAAAAUCCAUCACAAGACUAAAUUUCUAGCAUUUUUGUUGUACGUUGGAAUUUCGUUUCGUAUUAUAUGGAUUUUCACGCCAUCUGUUGGCGGAUAAAAAAUGGCAUUUGGGAUAAAAUAGAGAAAAGAGAUAAUUGUGUGUUUGAGCACUUCCCAUGUUGAGUUGCGUAAAGCAGUCCAGUGAUUUGAGAGCUAUGACAAUGCUUACUUCCUUGAUUGCAGAUUUGGUUAAUAAUACUGUCCAAGAGAAACCUUUUACACAUUUAGUAAGAACGCAUGAAAAUUUAUCUAUAUGUAAUUAAUUAAA